AUGGAGUUAAAGCGAUCUCUGUCCACCCAUUUGGAAGCUGAGAAGCCUCUGAGGCGCUAUGGGGCGGUGGAGGAGACGGCGUGGAAAGCAGAGGGACUGGGGAGAAGUCAGCUGGACAUCAUCUCCAUGGCAGAAACGACGAUGAUGCCAGAGGAGAUCGAGCUGGAGAUGGCGAAAAUUCAACGUCUCCGGGAAGUCUUGGUCCGAAGGGAGUCUGAGCUCAGGUUCAUGAUGGACGAUAUUCAGCUCUGCAAGGACAUCAUGGACUUGAAGCAGGAACUGCAGAAUUUGGUCGCCAUCCCAGAAAAAGAAAAAACCAAGCCACAGAAGCAGAGAGAGGAUGAGUUGAUCCAGAAGAUCCACAAACUGGUGCAGAAGAGGGACUUCCUAGUGGAUGACGCAGAGGUGGAGCGGUUAAGGGAGCAAGAAGAAGACAAGGAAAUGGCUGAUUUCCUGAGAAUCAAGUUAAAACCUCUAGACAAAGUAACCAAAUCUUCAGUCAGCUCCCGGGCAGAGAAGAAAGCAGAGCCCCCACCUAGCAAGCCCACGGUGGCCAAGACGGGGCUGGCGCUUAUCAAGGAUUGCUGCGGAGCCACCCAGUGCAACAUCAUGUAG